GGCCAUUUUGUACUUCUAACAAGUCAAAGAAUGGAAAAAGACAGCAAGAGGAUGCUUUUCUUUUUGCUCUUGGCUGGUAUUUGCAGCCCAACGACUGAAGAACAGUGGAAGGCCUCUGUUGUAAAAUCAAUUGAAGCCCUGGUCGACUCCUGUGUUGUGCUGCCCUGUACAUUCACUUAUCCUGGGAGUAUCUUGCCUACCUCCAGACUCAGGGGCAUCUGGCAUCGUAAGGACAAUUGGGACGAUAUCUUCUACCAUGAAGACAGCACAAAGGUCAUGGACAGCUUUAAGGGCCGAACCAAGUUGUUGGGAGACCUGGGUCAGAAGAACUGCACCUUAGAAAUAGAUGAGGUUAAAGAUCAUGAUAACGGCCCUUUCUGCUUCCGCAUUGAACUUGUGCAAAAAGACACCAACCAAGAAACUAAAGAAAAGUUCUCCUUUGUUGAGGAAUGUGCUGAAGUCAUAAUGCGCCGUAUUUCCUCCCAACCUGAACUUUUUCAGGCAAACACAGCUGUUCAAGGAAAACCUUACGCCGUCACCUGUUCGGUCCACCAUACCUGCCCCUCACACGUUCCUGUGUUCACAUGGAGUCGAGGAAGUGAAGAUGAUUUAUACUAAUUCAAAAACCCAUUGUCUCUGGGAUCUGGGAGGACACAGUCCAUCAUGGUGUUUACUCCUGAGGAGAAUGACGACCACACUGAAAUCACCUGUAGUGUAACAUUUAAUGGAGGUCAAAAAUCAGACAGAUCUAUUCAACUCAACGUAAAACGUACUGCAAACACUUAUCACCUCAUCCUUCCAGUCGCGGUGGCCAUUGGCACGGCUGUGAUCUUUGGAAUCAUCUGCAUUGCUAUGAUAAAGUACAAGAAUCGCAUUGCAGAGCUUCAAAGUCGUGAAGGAAGCAUGUUCAACAGACUGUCCAGGAUGUCUGGCAGGUUCUAAUGGCCAGUGACUUUGUGGUCAUAAUCCAGUGCAAGAAAUGUGAGCAAAUGAUGACCA